AAGAAAGAACCAGCAAAAUACAGAAGCUUCUGGGUCAAAAGCACCACCUCUAAUUCUAUUUCAUUUAUAUUGCUCGUUUUAAAUCACAAUCGUUUAUCGAAGCAAAAAAAUCUACGAAGAAGAUCCAAAGCCAGGCGGUUCUUUUCAGCUCUACGCUUCCAUGUCGUCCCCUGCUGAAUUUUACCACUCUCUUCCACCCAUAAGCAAGGCUUAUGGGACAUUGUGCGUGCUAUUUACUGUAGCAUAUCAGAUUGGACUAUACAAUCCAAAGAAUAUCGCACUGAUAUAUGAACAUGUGUUCUUCAACUUUCAGGUGUGGAGGCUGAUUACGAAUUUCUUUUUCCUUGGUGGGUUUUCUGUCAAUUUCGGAAUUCGGUUGUUGAUGAUUGCAAGAUAUGGUGUUCAAUUGGAGAAAGGACCCUUUGAAAGGCGUACAGCUGAUUUCUUAUGGAUGAUGAUAUUUGGAUCAUUGACACUACUAGUAUUAUCUGCCAUCCCUAUAUUUCGGUCCAGUUUCUUAGGGAUAUCACUUGUCUUUAUGCUUGUUUAUGUCUGGAGUAGAGAAUUUCCAACGGCCAAUAUCAACAUAUAUGGCCUUGUGACCCUGAAGGCAUUUUAUCUACCGUGGGCAAUGCUUGCUUUGGAUGUUAUCUUUGGUUCUCCUCUUAUACCAGAUCUGCUGGGAAUUAUCGCAGGACAUCUAUAUUACUUUCUGACAGUGUUGCACCCUCUUGCAACUGGAAAGAACCUAUUGAAGACUCCAAUGUGGGUACGUAAACUUGUUGCGAGGUGGAGAAUAGGAGCUGUAGCUCAGACUAACACCCGCUCCCAGUCCCAGCCUGACCCAGUCAGGAGUACUGGUGGUGCUUUCACAGGAAGAUCAUAUCGACUUGGUGGAUGAUUAUACUCCUGUUACACCCUCAGCCUUAAUUCAUACGCCUCCUUUCCGUCUGGAUCAGCAAGUUUUCCAAUGACACCCCAGACAAUUGAGUAGAGAAACAUGCAAAGCUAGAAAAUUGUCAAAAUCAUUUUGUUGUAAUCCAUUAGUUUUCAGUGGGGCACUGCCCCGAUGCUAUGUUUUGAUUUCAACGAGUUACUCUUGAUUUUGGUGAAUUGCCACAACAAUUACUUCUUGUGUCGUACUCUCUUGCACUCAACCUGUUGAUGCAGAGAGGAGAAAAAACAUGAAAAUUGUAAGGGCUAGUAUUUUCUCUAAAGCUUAUGAAUCUGUAAUCAAAAGUAUGAACUAUACUUGACAUUAGUAGGAACAUGAAGUUCAUGGUUGCAUCUUGACAUUGUAACCAAGUUCAAGGAAAA